CACGCGAGCGGAGGAACUUCCAAGCGCAGCGCGCUUUGUCUUUCCAAACAGUAACCAACCGCAGAGCUGCUCUCCUCCUCCAGUUUUGUGCAGCCUACUUUGCGAACCUCUCGCCUUUCCUCUAACCUUUCUGCUCGACUCGGACCUCUGUUUUGUUCGGAUAAAACCCUCUUUUCCAGUCGGGUAUGAAGCAGUAGUGCCGCACCAAGAAGCGGACUCCUCUCUCGCUCUCUGCCGCCUCCUGCUGGAGCUGGAGAGAUGCCCCGGGCAGGAUGUGCUCCAGCCGUAAGAUCCUGUGGAGCCUGCUCCUGCUGUCCGUGGUGGAGGUGGGCCUGGGUGUGGCGAGCAUCGUCCUGGGAGCCGUGGGCAUUAGCUGGGUCCGGGGCCAGCACAAGCCGCAGCAGGGCGACGCGUCCCCGGUGUGGAGCGGACUCUGUUUCCUGGUCUGUGGGAUGUGUGGAGUGCUGUGUGCCCGAAAGAGGACGGGUCUUAUUAUGAUCCUAUUUUCAGCAUGCUGUAUCUGUGGUCUGAUUGGUGGAAUCCUCAACUUCCAGUUUGUUCGGGCGCUGAGCAAACGACCGGACUCCAUGCAAUCAAUCCAUCUGGCUGCCAUGACACUGGCCUGUCUGGGGAUCUCCUCGUGUACCUUAUCCACGUGGUUGACCUGUCGCCUGGCCAGCUCCGAGCAGCAGAGGAUGUUCCUGGAGAGGGAGCACUCGUUACAUCACUCGCAUGAAAUGACUGAGAAGGAGAUCCUGGACAACUCCAGUAACGGCAUUCCUCAGAUCUCCUACAACGGGCACACAACAGCAUCACCGUGAUGAUGUACCACCAAAGGCGACUUGCAUAAACUGAAACAAACAGUUCAUGAAUCGCUUGUUGUCAGACGACAAACACAGCAUAUAUCUCUUUCUACAUAUCCUGCUGCACACACAGUAAUCAUAUCCUGACUGCAGGGAUUAAACUUGUGCUUUGGAGCCCUUUUUUUCACCGCCGGAGUAUAAGCAGGACAUUCUGAUAGGCGAGAGGGAGGCGUUUGUGCUUCUGAAUAAUUAUGCAAACACUCAUUCAAACCACGAUGGAGAACUGCCUUUUGGAUGAUAAUUCAGGUGACAAACAUCUGCGUGACAUCAUCUGACCUUUACACUAAUGAGCAGGAAGGACAGAUUUCAUCCAGUCAGAUGCCUCAAAGUGAUGAGCACAAAUCAAGCAUGCAGCUGAUUCACUUGUUUUGAAGAGCUACUGCUAUUUCAGUCUCAAUGUUCUUAUUCUUAUCUCUGUCUUGUUAUGGGUUCAUGGAAUGCAAAGCUUGAGAUAACCUACAGUAAACUGUAUUUAUUAUCUGGUAAUGGAAUGCAAAUACAGUGAUGUGCGAUGAACUGUACUGUAUAUCCAAACUAGUUUAUCAGGAAUUUAGCUGUACCUAUAAAUCAAACAUAUUUUUAUAAAUGCUUCUUAUAAAAGUGAAUUCAAUAAACUAUGGCAAAUAUGAGCAAUGGUUUAUAUAACAUGGGUUAUUUCAAUGGCAUGUGGUGUGAUAUUUGUAUUACAUCAUCCCAAAAUAUGCAAAUUAGGCCUUCCUCUUUACACUGAAUUUAAAUCUACAGUAUUUACAGCAGUAUCUGUGUGUGUGUGUGUGUGUGUAUCACAGUAAAAGAAAGAAAGCAGUUAGUGAUAUUACCUGAUGUUGACGUGUGUGUGAGGGCAUGUAGAGUGUGUGUGUGCCUCCACAGUGCUCUAUAAAGCAGCUGCAAAGAUGUUAUGCAGUGAGAUGUCUGUGUGUUCGACCUCACAGCUGUUCAGUGCUGAGUCAGCCAUCCAUGUACCAUGACUACCCAAAGGUUUACACCUUUUGAAAGUGGGAGUCAUUUAAGAGUGACUGACCACUGUCCUUGAAGUAGAUAGGAUGUCCAACCAUGCAGAUCCUCCUGAUCCUCAUUCUGAUGUUCACAAGGUGUCUUUGUUUGCAUGUUUCUGAAAGCAUGCAAGUGUUUUGAGUUAUUACUGAGCUGCUAGCCAAUUGGAAGCAUUUUAAUCGAUGCACUAAAUAUAUAUUUUUCAAUAAAUGCAUGUAAUUAAUCAUAUAAACCAAGUGUACAGUACAACACACUGACAACAGGUUCAGUGAGGAGCACGAUUUUAAAAAGUGAGUGCAUUCCUGUGAGACGGACGCUUAACACAGUGAUGCCUUUAGCCUUAGCCUGAGAUUCACACACCCAUCGUAAAGUUAAGCAAUGAAGUAAAUCUGUUUUAUAGUACCCCCCUAAACCUGUAAAUAUAAAGUGCUUCACAAAGCAAAACAUAGACAUACACCAUAAAAAAUAUAUCACACAUACUUACAUGCAUGCACACAGGCAGACACACAGCUCUGACCUGUAACGAAGAUAAACAAUUACUCUGACAACGUCACACUGCUCAAUACCUCAUUAUGGUGUUUAUCCACUGUGUGUGUGUGUGUGUGUGCCAUAUGCUUGUUAACCAGUGCCCACAGCAGCAGAAGCCACUGGGAUUUCUUGCUGACUAAGAAACCAUCGUCACUAUUUAUCACUGUGACAACAGGCAAGAGUGGGCCAUAACGCCCCAGAGAGCCCCAGAUUUGCACUGCACUCUGUGUGUGUGUGUGUGUGUGUGCGUGUGCAUGAAAUGCUGAAUCGUGUGGUGUUGCUGUGCACUAGUCGCACUAUUUGACACCUCAGGUCACCCUAAUGAUCUUAAUGUGUCAUUGUAGGUAAGAACAAGAUACAGAAUCAAUGACUGGCUCUUAUGAGAUGAGCAGUUUUACAGCACCCUUGCUUGGCUUGUCAGCACACAGCUUUCAGUUUACACAACAAAGGGCAUGUUGGUGAGGAAAUGCAAUGAUUUUCACUGGUUUCAGUAACUGCAAAGAUUCAUGCCAGUUAUCAAAAUACCAUCCCUAAUAGUUUGUGCUAAAGAAUAUGCGAAGCCUUUUGUCUGUGACUGUUGUUUAUUAUUAUUUAUUAUUUAUAUUAUUUAUUAUUUAUUACAAUGGCAUAUGACUGUCUGUACUGGGAGCAUUGCUAGAUUAACCUGUUGGACCUGUUAAUUCCUUCUCCUUCCCAGUGUGUACAGUAUCAGUACAAUGGAAUACGACAUAGCGCCAGCUUUUCUAUCUGUUUGAUGAAAUAUGAUUUAUUUUGGUUAUAUGCACCAUGGAAGCACAGUGUCACCUGAAAUAAUGGUUGAGAUUUUGACAGGGUCCCUCUUUAUGACAAGGCCUAAAAUCAAAUGAUAAAGCAGUAUGCAGUGUAAGACAUUUAUCAUGACAACUGAUAUUGUGUUGUAGUAGAGCAUCUUUCAACACUCAAAGCUACAAUUAAACA